AGACAUUUGACUCGGAAGAGGCAUUUGCCGUUUAUCGUACCAUACCAGGCAUUUGUUUCCAUGGCAAUGCGAAAUCAAAAACGGUGUGUGACUGUGGGGAGCAAGGAGACAAGAUCAUCACGGCGACAUCAGAUGAUGGAAGGUGAGGUUCUACUGGUACACAAAGUGACGGAUGAUGGAAGGUGAGGUUCUACUGGUACACAAAGUGACAGAUGAUGGAAGGUGAGGUUCUACUGGUACACAAAGUGACAGAUGAUGGAAGGUGAGGUUCUACUGGUACACAAAGUGACAGAUGAUGGAAGGUGAGGUUUUACUGGUACACAAAGUGACAGAUGAUGGAAGGUGAGGUUCUACUGGUACACAAAGUGACAGAUGAUGGAAGGUGAGGUUUUACUGGUACACAAAGUGACAGAUGAUGGAAGGUGAGGUUCUACUGGUACACAAAGUGACAGAUGAUGGAAAGUGAGGUUUUACUGGUACACAAAGUGACAGAUGAUGGAAGGUGAGGUUCUACUGGUACACAAAGUGACAGAUGAUGGAAGGUGAGGUUUUACUGGUACACAAAGUGACAGAUGAUGGAAGGUGAAGUUCUACUGGUACACAAAGUGACAGAUGAUGGAAAGUGAGGUUUUACUGGUACACAAAGUGACAGAUGAUGGAAGGUGAGGUUCUACUAGUACACAAAGUGACAGAUGAUGGAAGCCACAUUGUGAUUCAUCUUUACCAUUUCGCUUACCUCACCAUCGACCUCACCUUUGUAGUACACGAUACACGACAUCUGAAACCACUGUCUGCGAAAUACGACUUACAGUUUAUAAAAGAUUUAGAAAGAUCAGUUGCGAAACAUCUCAAUGAAUUCAUAGAGGAUUCUAAGAGUUUAUGUUGUCCAAUUCGAAGAGCCCCUGGUAUCACGUGGACGUAUACAUGCACCGGUGACGAGCGCUUGAUUGAGACUGACUACGAGGAAAUAGUGUAUGAGACGCAGAGUAAAUGGCAAAAUAUCAAAAUCGCCAAAUCAAGAGAGUUCGGCAAUGUUCUUCUGCUUGAUGAUGAAAUAAUGCUUGGUGAGAGUGAUUUGAUUUACACAGAAACACUACUAGGAAUCGGAAAGAACGACUUUAAAAAUAAAGACAUACUUAUCCUUGGAGGUGGAGACGGGGGCGUUUUACACGAAUUGUUAAAACAGUCACCGGUUAAUAUCCUCAUGGCGGAAAUAGACGAGGAGGUGGUUAUAGCCUGUGAUAAGUACUUAAAGAAAGUAUGUGGUGAUACUAUGAAGAAGAGGGAGGGAACGAAUUAUAAGAUAAAGAUUUGUGAUUGUGUACACGAACUUAAAGAUGCGCUGGAAUCAGGAAGGAAGUAUGAUUACGUCAUCAACGAUUUGACGGAAUAUACAGUUGGCAAGGAACACUGUAAUGAUGAACAUCAAUUUAAAACAAAUUGUGUGAUUCUAGAAUUGUCGAUGAAAAUUUUACAACCUGGAGGAAAAUAUUUAUCAAGGGGCGAUUGUCUGAGUGCCAUUAAUUUCAUUUCACGGUUUGAACACGAUGUUAGGACUCUGGGCUACGAAUUCAAAAGAACAGAUGUACAUAUACCGUCGUUCCAAGAAACAUAUUGUUUGUACGAAGUUCGAGACCAGACUGAUACAAGCUGAUGACAGGACUGAUACAAGCUGGUGACAGGACUGAUACAAGCUGAUGACAGGAGACAGAUACAAGUGGAGGACUUAAUAUUUACUAUUCCAAGAACGAUGAUUCGUAAUCAAACAAACCGGAAGUUAUUUUUGUGUGAUUGAUAUCUAAACCCUAUAUAUAUAUAUAUAUAUAUAUAUAUAUAUAUAUAUAUAUUAACGGAAAAUGCCGUAUCUAAAAUAUUUGCAGUAAAACCUGGUAUGAAUAAUGACUUUUCCUAUAUUCUACAGCAUUUCGUUAUAAAUAAUAUGUGGGUCCUGUACCUUUUAUCAGUUGACAAGACAACAAAGUUCCUUUUAAUUACACACAAAUUUAUUGUAAUAAUCGGACAACGUAUGUAAAACAAACAGGUCACUUCCUGGUCGGCAGCUGGCGCGGUAGAUCAAAGGAGCAAUAUAUCCGUCAGGAAUAAUAUGUAAAAUGAAUAUAAAAACACUCUAAAUGGACCUAAGAAAUAGGAAAAUAUCCCGUAGUUGGUUUCUGGUAAAGGUGCAAGUGUAUGCACCUUGUAUUCGAUGAAUUGAGAGAAGGUGCACAGGGGCGAGAAGGUGCGGAUGUACCGUAACUAUGUAAACAAUAAUAGGAAGGGGCGGAUCAACCUGCUACAAUACGAGACAAGGGAAUGAUUGGUGCUGGAGAAGUCCAAUAAAUACACCUUAAUAAAUCAAGAAUUAAUCACUUUCAGCACCUUCGCUGGAUCCUGCAGCAAUUGCAUUUGGGACAUGGUGGAUCUAAGAACUCCGAACUCUGAACUGAACUUUCUCAGCGUCUCUCUGUUUAUGAAUAUCACGUUGACCAAUCAGGGAUCAGUUUACUAAAACGGUAGCACGCGAUAGACUCAACCCGAAGUAUGGAGGGGAAAAGGAACACACGGAGUUCUUUACACAAAACAAAGGCUAAAUAACCUGAAAAUUCAUAUUAGAGACAUAGGUAAGCAUAUCAUAUGCUGUGGCGUGUUUUUAUUAAUAUGGCUGGUUGCAAACGGUGGGAGACAACCUCCGGAUCGAAUGCAAACAAACUACAUCCGACGUUUGCAUCUUCUAACACAUGGUAAUUUUGCUUGUAUUACCUCUUUCUGUAAAUAAUAUUCUAAAUGGAAUAACAAAUAAUUAAAUAUCAUGGCAGCUUUACCUGUCGUAACGGUCAUUUAAUGGUAACAUGGUAGAAUGGAACUGGGUUUAGUUUAAUCCGAAUUUCCUCCGAUAUCAGGUACAGGCCAACACAUGUUUCAACACAUGUUUCAUAACAAUAUAUAUAUAUAUAUAUAUAUAUAUAUAUAUAUAUAUAUAUAUAUAUAUAGUUGUUUGAUAAAAAUGGAAUAUUUAAAGAAUGAUUUAGUUGUAACCAUGUGUUAGGUUUCUUACAAAGUCCUAAACAUAAAACGAAAUCGCUAUGUCACGUCAUAUGGAUUAUUGAAGAUGGUAUUCUUGAAAGACAUGAGAAAUAUUUUAAAGCAUCGUAUUAUGUACUUUCAUAUAUUGUAGUAGAACAAAAGGAAAAAUAUAACCUAGUUGUCAAAAUUGUUUAAGAAAAACAUUUUUGUGGUCUCGAGAAAAUGGUGUAUAGAAAACAAAGCAUUUGUCAUUGAUUCUGUGUUUAUAUUUCUUCAACGUAAUAUGUGAUCUGUAUGGGAUUUUUUUUCUCUCUCUGCGUAGAGUAGGGUGUAUGUAUGGGAUUCACAAACAGGUUAAAGUACUUUAUGAUGUAAUUAUAUACUUUCAAUCGUGAUGCCAAUUCCUUACAAUUCCGCUGUUAUACAUAAACGUGAUUGAGGACACAAUUUAUUUUUAGAAAAAUAAUUAGAUAGUCUUCAGUUACUUUGAAAUCAUUAUCAAACAUAUUGCUACAACAGAGUAUGCUUGCACACAACAAACAAAUUGCCACCAGUGACUUACAGAUAUCAUGAACUAAGCUUUAUGGAUCAUCGUAUGAUUUUCAAUUGCAACAUCAAUUAGGUUACAUCUGCAUGCACUGGGUUUCGGAAUUUCAUGAACAAAAACUUUUUCUUGCAAUUUUGAACGUGUACUCACCUUAAAAUCAAAUUAAAUGCCGUUAUCUUUUUCUUGCACAAUAAUUCUAAUGAUAGAGAUUUACACUUUGACUAACUUGUCAUGAUCUGUAUUAAUAUGAAUAUUCUAAGACAACCCCCUCAAUUCUGAAGGCGCAAUUAGUAUGUAAUGACAAUUAAGGGUCCAUGAAUGAAAUAUUUUGGAGAGGUGUUAACAGGUUUUCCUGUGUAAGUUUCUGAAAUAGUCUGUAUCUCAGCAUCUUCAUACAAUACUAGUAGUCAUUGAUAAUGAAAAUUAUAUAAAAAGAAACAGAAAAUGUAGAGUUUGCACAUAACUUUAAGAUGAACAAGUACACAUAACAAACAACGAUUAAUCUCAAAUAAAAUGUAACAAAUUAAAAGAAGGCAACUAGGAACCCCCUGACACACCAAGGGUGGGAGAAAGUAUCAUUGUUGAAUGGUUACAUUCCCUGUGAACCGUAUAUUUCGUUCAGGUAAACGGAGUAAUCCAUAGUCAAAAUCAGUAUGUAAAGAACGGCAUAGCAAUUGGCACAUCCAGGGGCCCUAUUUUGUAUUCCUUAUACAUGUAGGAGUUUAGAAAUUAAUCACGAUUCGUUAUCUUCACUUUUCAUGAAACACGUCGGACAGCAUUUGACCCAAUGAUACCUGAUAUUUGCAAAUGAGAUUACUAUCAGUACUAUAGAAUCCGACUGUUUAAACUCCUGUGACAUCACUAUCAGUACUAUAGAAUCCGACUGUUUAAACUCCUGUGACAUCACUAUCAGUACUAUAGAAUCCGACUGUUUAAACUCCUGUGACAUCAACCUAUAUGUCGUCAGUCAGUAAAUGAGUUAUUGGAUUACUCCUCCUAGGCAUCAUAUGUGAUAAGUAACGCUUCUGGGGUUUUUUCUUUUCUUUCGUUUAUUAUUAAUGUUUUUGCUUUUUAAUUCCCAUUACCCUCCAUUCUCCAUUUUUCUUUCUUGUUUUGUUUAUUUAAAUUUCUAUAUGAAUUUGUGUUGUGUAUUCAAUCAAAUGUCCUAUAUUAUUGCAUUUUGUCGACUCAUUUCAUAUCGUUAUUUAUUACAUGCACUAAAUUCUUAUAUCAACAGGUAGACUUAGCAUUGUACAUUAAAGGAGAAAGCUUGUAUAUGUUCCGCUUACUGUCUACUUCAUGUGCUGCUUUUGACAAUAAAAUAUUGUUUAAAUCAAAA